AUGGCCGCGGACGUCAACCGUGAACCAUCGUUUGCGUGUAGCGCUUGCGGUGCUUCCCAGACGCUCUUCAAACGCUACACGCUUUGUAUCGGCUACGGGAAUGCGAACGGUACGGAAACUGUUUUACUGGGCUUGAAACAACGAGGCUUUGGUCGAGGCAAGUGGAACGGAUUCGGCGGCAAAGUCGAAGCAGGCGAAAACGUCUGCCAGGCGGCACUCAGAGAGCUCUACGAGGAAGCCGGCGUCCACAUUGUUGCCGAUGGCCAUCCGUCGAGUGCGCGUUGCACCACACCUCGUCAUGAUAUACGGCGCUUCCGAUGGGCUGGUUGUCUGUGCUUUACCUUCGAGGCGAAGUCCAUGCCCAGAAUGCAUGUAGAUGUAUUCAGCGGUUCCAUUUGUGCAUGUCGAGAGCCACGUGCCAGCGAUGAAAUGAUUCCGCAAUGGUACGCGUACUCGCAGAUACCCUACGAGAGCAUGUGGCCAGAUGACGCGAUAUGGUUGCCACUUUUACUUCAGCAGGAUCAGGAGCUGCAUCCUCGAAUUCUAAUCGCGGAGUUCAUUUACAAUGAUGACGCGGAUAACAUUUUGAAAAGCAACGUUCGGCUGUUACCUCGGGAGCAAGCUGGCAUCUUCUAA